ACUUGUAGCAUCUACCAAUAACAUACACACAAACCCCAAAACACACAAAAACGCUUGUGAAGAAAAAAGAGGGACACAAGAAAAGGAAAGAAACCAAAAACUCUCUAAUCGUUUACAUGGCAAACCGUUUCCUCCGACCACACCUCAUCCACCGUUUCUCCACCUUGAGUCCCGUCGGUCCUCCGUCCACCGUCGUCCCGGAGAUUCUUUCCUUUGACCAACCAAAAACAGACGUUGACCUCGAUCUCUCCGACCAAGCUAGACUCUUUGUUUCUGUCCCAAUCUCCGACCUUGUCCGUUCAACUGCCGUUCUUCAUGCUACGGCCAUAGGCCCUAUGGUCGAUUUUGGAUCGUGGGUUAUGAGUUCGAAACUCAUGGACGCGACCAUAACACGGGAUUUGGUCCUCCGUUUCGUGAAAGGAACGUUUUACGACCAUUUCUGUGCAGGUGAAGACGCCGCUGCCGCAGCAAGGCGCGUGAGGAGUGUGUAUGAGUUGAGGGGGCUUAAAGGGAUGUUAGUGUAUGGCGUUGAACACGCAGAAGACGGUGGUGAAUGUGAGAACAACAUCAAGAAGUUCAUUGAGACUGUUGAAGCUGCCAAAACCCUACCUACGUCUCAUUUAAGCUCCGUGGUGAUUAAGAUCACAGCGAUUUGUCCAAUGAGUCUCUUAAAACGUGUAAGUGAUUUGCUUCGUUGGCAAUACAAGAACCCAAGUUUCAAACUUCCAUGGAAACUCCAUUCAUUUCCGGUUUUCUCCGGUUCAAGUCCUCUCUAUCACACAAUCUCCGAACCGGAACCAUUAACCGUAGUGGAAGAACAAGAGCUUGAUAAAGCUCACGAACGCAUUAAAUCCAUAUGUAUUAGAUGCCAAGAAUCGAAUGUACCGUUACUAAUAGAUGCCGAAGAUACGAUUCUCCAACCGGCAAUCGAUUACAUGGCGUAUUGGUCAGCAAUUAUGUUCAAUUCCGACAAAAGUCGACCCAUUGUCUACAACACGAUUCAAGCUUAUUUGAAAGAUGCGGGAGAGAGGUUGCACUUGGCGCUACGAGAAUCCGAGAAAAUGAAGGUUCCUAUUGGGUUUAAGUUGGUGAGAGGUGCUUAUAUGUCUAGUGAAGUUAAGUUAGCAGCUUCCUUGGGUUACAAGUCACCGGUCCACGACACCAUUCAAGAAACGCAUGCUUGCUAUAAUGAGUGUAUGGGUUUCCUUAUGGAGAAAGCCUCUAAUGGAACGGGGAUUGCCGUCAUUCUAGCGACUCACAACACCGAUUCUGGUAAACUAGGUGCAAGGAAAGCAAGUGAGCUAGGAAUUGAUAAAGAGAACGGGAAGAUCGAGUUUGCGCAGCUUUACGGGAUGUCGGAUGCCUUAUCAUUAGGAUUGAAAAGGGCUGGUUUCAAUGUGAGCAAGUACAUGCCGUACGGGCCGGUUGAAACCGCGGUUCCAUACCUUAUCCGACGAGCAUAUGAGAACCGCGGUAUGAUGUCCACCGGUGCUCUAGACCGCCAACUUAUGAGGAUGGAGCUUAAGAGGAGAAUAAUGGCUCGGUGAAGAAAACAGAAUAAUGGCUUCGUGAUCAUUUUAUUAUAUGUUAUUUUAUAUUUUGUUGAUGCACUAUAUAUGAUUGAUUUUAAGUUAAUAGUGUCUUCUUCAUGUUUUGCCUUUUAUAUAUAUUUUAA